AUGCAGCAUUUGGAUCUGUUACCGAGUACAUCUUUUGGACGUGAACAAGAGCCUUCUCUGGUUGUGAAGAGGGCACAGAUACUUGAUAUUGAUGUCCAUCUUGAUUCAUCUUCUGUUGCUUUUGGAAAGAUCUCCCCUGAACGAGAUGUUGGGUAUCUGGUGAGAGGGAAAGUUGUCAGCUCCCAUCCAUUGAGGGCAACUGUGUCAUCAAAGGCAUGUGAUUUCAAGAAGCAACCAGCUGCACAUGGCAUGUCUAUCACAUGCAUGUGCUUGUUGCCAGGGGAUCUAAUAGCUGUUGGCAUCAAUGAUAGUAAUAGCGAGGGCCGCAUUGCUAUCCAUCACACUCCUAUUGGAGAACCUGUCAGAAUUUUCCGCAUCUCUGAUCCUGUGUACAGUAUUACUGUGAUUGAGGGAUUGCUGGCAGGGAAACACAAGUUCCUUGAUUCAGCCGAUGUGAUCCUUGCAAUUGGGACACUCAGUGGUCAUAUCUACCUGGUGAAUCCAUGCCUGAAUGAUGAAUUUCCAGGAGGUGAUCUGAACUUUGUGGAACUACUGGAACCAGAAUCUGCCAAUUUUGAACAGGACUGUGUGACCAAAAUUGAAGAAGGAAUGUUUCCAGCUCUGCUGAUAAACGGUAGGAGUGUCAAAGGGAAGACAUAUGUCUAUAGUGUUGGAGGGGAGGCUAUGGAGUUGAGGGAAGAACCAGCUGGAGAAUUGGCCGUGACAUGUCUCACUGUAGCACAUCAGCUUACUACCCUUUGUGCUGGUUUCACAUCUGGAAUUGUCCAGCUGUAUGAUCUCUUCUCCCUCAAGUGCCUGCACACUAUGGAACUGAAAGAGGAGUGUCCAGUAAGACAUCUUGCAUUCAUGGAGCCAGAAAAUGAUCCACGAGAAAUGGUUUACAUCUGGGUGGGGCAGAAUGACUCUGAAGGGGCUAGGGGUUAUGCCACUCUCCUGUCUCUCUCCUAUUCUCACAAAGAGCCCUCUCCUGUGCUUCAGAAAUUCCAUUAUUCGGGAUUUGAACGGUCCAAUAUCCGAUUGGAGGUGGACCUAUCAUCAAGCAUUCCCUUGGCCUCAGGUGAACCAAUCUCAGCAUCACACAUUGUUACACUUCGUUCUUUGAGGGACCCCAGUUCCUCUCAGUCUGAGCUUGACACUUCUAGGGAACAUGACUUGAGGAUGCAAAUAGAUUCAAGUCUUUGCCUGAUGGCUUGGGAAGUGUGGAGUGGCCGUCGGGUGCAUCACCGAUUGGGCCUGUUUGAUAUCAACCAGUGGUACCAGAGCCAGAUGCCUAUCACAAUGGACUUCUCCUCUCCCACUGCACUCUGCCCAUUCUUCUCCAUCCAUUCCCUUGACAGAGUCCUGUCUGCUGAUGAGAUGCUCAUAGAUGUUUCUCUCACCUCAGUUCUAGCUCGAUAUGGAACUGUUCAGCGGAGCACAGCCAACCUCACCUAUGCUCCAUCUGCUCUCACAUGGGGCUGUGAAAUCCUGACCAAUGUGUCCAGUUUCCAUGUUGAAUUCCAAUGCCUCCAGCAAGCCAUAUUGAAAGAAGUUUACUCUCAUGGGUUGGCAGCCCUGCUGAACCCUGCACCCUUCAUCUAUCUUCUGGAGUAUGGCAGCAUCAAACCAAUUCUUCUCUCACAGGGAUCAUUGAAAACACAGGAGGAGAAGGUCUAUUACUUGCUUAACAUUGCGCUGGAGCAUUCCUGGUGGGAGUUUUGGGCAUCAUGCCUUCAUUCCUGGAGUGAGAAUGGAGCAGGGACAAGGAUGCUCUCCACAAUGGUCAACUGGGCAUGGAUGACCCUUGGGCAGCUCCGGGCCCUUCGGGAUUCUCUUUUGGAAAGAUUCUGGAUGUCAAAGGAUCUGGAACGAAAUGCUGCACGAAAGCUUCGUGACACUGAGAUGAUGGCGGAGUACCUUGCCCACAUGAUGAAAAUGAUCAUCAACAAGGCACCAGAUUUCACAUCUCAAGAAAGUUGGAAGGAGUUGGGAGAAAAGCGUGAGGCAGUGGAGCUGUUCCACAGGAACUUCAAGAUCCUGUCCUGGUUCCAGAGGAUUGGAUACCAUAUCCACUCCUAUCCUUUCCCUUAUCUCCAGCAGCUUUAUGUGUCUCUGCGGGAGAAGCAGCACAAUUCCCUCCUCAUUGAUGCCUUUGUUCAUACAAUGGGGAAGCCAGCAGAGCGGGAGGUGGAGCAGCUGUGGGAAGGGAAAUACCCUCCUCCCUCCUUCAGGUCAUUGAUCUCCAUCACCCUAGUGCCUUGUGAUACAUAUGAGUCCACUCUUUGCAUACUCUUGUAUGGCAUCAUGGACAUUAUGGAUUCACUCCCUGAGAGAUUGGUUGAAGUGAGAAGUCGCCUGGAACGCUUCCCCUCUGUGGUCUCACUCCCUCGGUCUCUCCAGUUCCUUACCAAGGCACUCUGGCUCAUUGAUCACCAGGAGUACUCUGCAGGAGUGGAGCUGCUACGUUCAUCAGAAAUUCGCUGUGGAAAGUGGAAUGUUGACUGGGCAGUUCGGGCUUGUGUCCUGGCAUUGAAGAAAGCUGGGGAGUUGAAGCUGACGUGUGAGAUCAUCCGAGCAUUUCAGGUUAUGCCUGAGGCAAGGUCAGAUCGGGAGAUGGUCCUGGAUAUCAUGGCUGGAGUACAGGACAUUGGGAAGGCAGUUGAAUUCCUACGGAGCUGGGAUGAUCAGCAACUCUACUGGCAUUUCUUCCAAGAUUGCAUGGACCAAGGUUGGAUGCAGGAGUUGCUACCCUGGCCUUGGACCAUCCCUGAGCUGGAUUUCCUUGAAAAUUUCCUCAGGAUUUCCAGCAAUCCUAAUUCCCCCAACUACCUUGCCUCCUUCUUCCUCAUCCGACGACAAUGCGAGGAGGCAGUUCAGCUGCAGAGCAAGGUCACUGAUCCUUUGUUGAAGGAAACCCUCAACAGGGAAGCAGAGGAGGGAGAGGACUCAGUCUUCCAAGAAUCCAGGAAGAGAUUGGCCAGUGAAGACUCCCAAUAUUCCCUACAGGCAUCCAAGCGCUUCCACUUUUCAUCCCUCAUUUCAGAUAGUGGCAAAGAAGAUGGUGAUCAACUUGAAAUUGAGAAGGUGGAUGAGGAGCAUGUGAAGGAAAAGACAGAACUAGGGAGAGAAAAAGAGGAGGAGCAAGAAGAUGAGCAGAGGAUUGGAAGGAUCUUUGAGAUGAUUGGCUUCCCUCUUAACCCAAGACAGGACAUUACCCUUCCCCCACAACCCCCUGCCAAUCCCCCAAUCCUCAAGAGAAGGAGAAUCGAGAUCACAGAGGCAAUCAUCAACUUAGAAGAUUCCAGGUCAAUCUCAGGGGAUAGACAUUCUGGGCCUGAAGAACCCCAUGUUCACUUUGAACUCCCUCAAGAUAUGGAUGUAGAAAUGGAGAUGACUGAUGAGGAACCAGGAAAAGAACCUGGUGUCAAGCCAGAAGUAACUUGGAGGAACCAAUCUCCAAGUGACCUGAAUCCCAUUCUAGACAGGUCAGAGGAGGAGACACUUCAACCAGUCCUUCAUCCCUCAUUGGAGAAGGAGGAGGUAUGCCUACUCUCCCAAAAUUUCAUCCUUGAAGACACGCCACAGGAGGAGUUGACUAGUGAAGAGGAGGAUGAAAUUGAAAUCAAGGAAUUGGCUAGUGAACCUCUGUCUGCUGAUGCACUGGAGAUGGCGACAAAUGUUCAGGUGGAGAUCCCACCAGAUGUGGUGGACACAGGUACUGCUGGUCAACCAGUGGAAAUGGAGAUUGAGGACAUUGCUGUUCUUCCACUUGGAGAAUCUGAAGGGACAGAAGAUGACCAGAGAAAAACCAGCAACAUGCUAGGAAGAGAGAUUGAAAUAGAAAACAAAUCCAUGACUCUUGAGGAUGACAAGAGGAAACGACGAAGCAGAAGCAAGACCCCAGUAACAGAGGCUAGAGAUGUAGCUGAGGCCAAGACUCCUGAGGACAAGAAGAAACCUCAAAGCAGGAGGACCCCGGUAAGAAAGACAGAUGACUCAGAAUCUAAAUCUCCUGAGGAUUAUAAGACGAAACUCCGAAGCAGAAGCAGGACACCUGAAAGGGAGAUUCAAGAAGACAUCAAGGGAAUUCAUCAACGUCAGAGCAAGACUCCAGAAAGAGAAAUUCAAACACAUUCCCCAUCAAGAUUGGGAAAGACUCCGCAAAAGGGGAGGAAAAUGUCAGAAACUGGGAUCAAGGAAGAGCAGGGUCUAGAAACAGAAAUGCCUCGGACUCCAAGAACAAGGAGAAACACCCAGGAGAGAGAAAUGGCAGAAAUACUCAGAUCUCCUAGGAUGAAACGAAAUACCCAACACAGAGAAAAAGCUGAAACUCCUAAGUCUCCCAGGAUAAGGAGAAACACUCCAGAAAGGGAAAUAAUAGGAACACCUAAAAAGUCUCCUCCCUUGAGGCACCCUCAGACCAAUCAAAGAUCUGAAACAGAAAAGAUUUCUGAGGAAGAUCCAUCCAGGAGCAUUCAUGGAGAAACUAAGAGGAGACUACAAAAGCAAGGCAAGACCCCUGUAAUGGAUUCACAAAGUGACAGUGAGACAAUGCACGUAAGCAGGAAAAAGUCUCCUCACAAAGGGAGAGAAAUGUCAUCAGGAACUCAAUCUACUAGAGAACUGAGAAAAAAAGCUGAAAUGCCUAAAGCUGAAGGAAUGAAGCAAAAAUCUGCCCAGAGAAAAACAUCUCCAUCUAAGCAGGCUGACAAGACAAAGGUAAUUGAGGUAAAUGAGACUUCUGAGGAAGAUCCUUCCAUGGGUAGUCAAGGAAAGGGGAACAGGAAGCCUGGAACUAGAGGCAAGGGUCCCAGACAAGAGAAUCAAGUGGAUCUCACUGGAGAAGUGAUGAAACAUAGGAGCAAGUCUCCAAAUAGUGAGAGCCAAACAAAUAUUACUGAAGAAGGGACGAAGAUGAGGCUCAGGAAUAAAGUCAAGUCUCCUGAAAACAAAGCUCCAGAAGAUGUUAAAAAGAAGAGUAGAAGUGAAAUGCAGAGGCAAGCCAGACGAAAGACAACAGAGGAAUGGAAACAUGGCCAGUCACACAAAAGAGGAGAAUUGUCCCCCUCUAGUUCAGAGCCAGCAGAGCAUACAAGGAGGCUGCCACGACCAAGACGUGCCCAGUCGGAAACUGCAGUAGGUUUGGCACAACUGGGUCCAACAACUCGCCAUGCUCGCUCAUACAUUGAUGCAAAUGGAAAGAGUCGGAUGGCCAGACUUCGAGAAGAAGUAGCAGCAGUGCAUCGGUUAGAGAGGAUCCGGCUGGAACUGGAGGGGACAGUGGAUGUGGAUCCAUGGUCUGACAUUGGGGAAGAGGACAUCAGUGAUGUAAAUGCAUCUGAUUUGUCAUCUCCCAGUCGGAGCACUCUCGCAACUGCAUUCAGUUCAGACUCUCCAAGUCAGAGCACCUUCACCACAUCUUCCAGUGUCACUUCCCUUCCUUCCAUUGGUACCAGUACAAGACCCCAAACUAGGCCUAGUAAGAAGAGGGGAAGAAAGGCAUCUGAAGGGAGUGAGGUGUUUGACUUCAACGCCCCACAGUCACUUGACCUGGGUGACACUGUCUCACUGUCAUCAAAUACAUCUGGUGCAUCAUCCUUUGCAUUCUCCCCACCUGAGUUUGUGCGUGAGAUGAGGUCAUCCCGCCGUCGGGCUGGAUCAGAAUCUUUGGACCUGGGAAUGUCCUCAGCCUCAGGGCAUCAGAAGACUGGAGCAUCUUCAUCUUCACUGUCUCAGGUUACAUCCACUGACAGCAGUCCCAAGAGCUCAUCUUCAUCAGUGGGACAUAAGCGUUAUUUCCUGCGCGACAAGACUCCGUCUAAGCAACUCAAGGAAGAGGAGGCUGAUGGACAUGCUUCACUGGAAACUCCUCGACGUCAAGGUGCCAGAAGACGUGAUACAUUGCAAUCCAUGAACAUGGAUCCCAUUGCUGAGGAACCUGCUCCGCCCAAGACUCCUCAACAGAGACAAAAACGCUCUAAGAUGUGAAAUUCAUGUCCAUGUGCCCUGGAUGCUUAUACCUAUGAAAGAGUCCUUGAUAUUAUUGCCAAGUUCUCUGUAGUUCUUGUCAAG